GUACGCUGUGUGAGUGUUUCCUGCGUUUCCUGUGGUUCGAUUUUUAGCGGCCCGCCCACCAUUGCAGGUACGUGCCUUCGGUCAAAUCAGCGCAUCAGUUUGCCGAAGGUCGUCGAGGUGGUGGUGGUGACAAUCCUGCCGAAUCCUGGUGCUGGUGAAUCUCAACACGAACAACGUUAUCGUAGUCCAGCAGAGUCACAAUGUCUAACAAGAAGAUCGAAGAGGGCCUGGAGCAUAUAAAGGUCGCGGAGAAAUGCUUGAAAACAUCACUGCUCAAAUGGCGGCCGGACUACGACGAAGCAGCUGACGAGUACAACAAAGCAGCGACUUGUUUCCGCAAUGCGAAAUCCUUCGAGCAGUGCAAGGAUUGCCUCAUGAAAGCCGCCGAUUGUCAAAAACAAAACGGAAACAAUUUUCACGCAGCGAAAUCAUUAGAUCAAGCAAUCCUGGUAUCGAAAGACAUGAAUGAUUUCCGUUCAAUCGCUCAGCUUGCCGAACGUGCCGCACAUUUAUUCCAAGUGAGCGGAAAUGCCGAAUCAGCCGCAGCGUCGCUAGACAAAGCAGCGAAAAUCCUCGAAGCGCAGAAUCCCAGCCAGGCACUGAAACUAUUCCAGCAAGCAGCGCAGAUCGCCAUCAUUCAGGACUCGGCUCGCCAAGCAGCUGAAUACAUGAGUAAAGUAGCACGCAUUCACGUGAAACUCCAAGAGUACGAUUUGGCCGCGGAUGCAAUCCGGAGAGAAAUGGGUCUGCAUCAACAAAGCGAGGCGUAUCAAUCGAUGGGUCGUCUUGCCGUAGGCUUAGUUUUAGUACAGCUAGCGCGUGGUGAUGUCGUCGCCGCUGAGAAAGCGUUCAAAGAAUGGGGAAACUGCUGCGAAGCGCCGGAAGUGGGAACUUUAGAGAGUUUACUCGCUGCUUUCGAUGAGGAAGACCCCGAAGCAGCCCGGGUUGCUUUGAAUAAUCCUUUUAUUAAACACAUGGACGUGGAAUACGCGAUUCUUGCACGAGACAUGCCGCUACCUCAGGGGAUGACACAACCCAUGGUGAAAUCAGGUGGAGUGCGUGAAAAUGCAGCAGCUUCGUAUGUUUCGCCUAAUUCACACACGACAGCUACAAUUGAGGAUGGAGGUGAUCAACCCCCAGCUGUAGCAACCGAUGAAGAUGAUCUCGAGGAAGGCGGUCUUUGUUAAAAGCGUAUUUGCGUGCAGUACAACCGUUGACGAAAUAACUUUCAUGUCCUAGUCGUUAAAUUCAUAAAUGUACAGCUUUUAAGGAUAAAAAAAAACAACGUGCAUAGGUAAUGUAGUCGGUUAUUAACAUUAAUUAAUCAGGCGUGAUGAUUUGUUGAAGGGUGUUGAAACGUUCUAGACUUUAACGCAAUGCUAUGAGUUGUUAUAAGUGCAUUUUCAAUUCUAUCGAAUAAGUAUAUUCAAGUUAUCGUAAGUGUAAACACUGAUUCAUUCCAGUUGAGUUGAGAAAUGUGUACGUUUUUUCAAAAUUAGCACUAAAAUAAUUACAUUGGGCUGACGAAUUGAUUGUGCGCAUGAAUGAAAUUAGAUACUAUACUCUUGUUAAUGUACUUAUGUACUUACUUAAAUCAAUUUCAAUCGAG